AUGGGUAAAGUUAACAAAAGAAGAGGCAUCGGUUUUAAAAGCCAAAAACAACAUAGAAAACUUGAUAAUGUUUUACACAGUUUACAAGAUCGCUGGUCGGCAUUUUCUAUUUUGUCUGAGCAUAAUUAUUUCCAACGUUCACGAUAUGCGGUUUCUACCCCCUACACACUCUCUGAUGUCGCAGACGAUAUCAUAAUUGACAACUCACAGCCUCGCACCGACAUAGACUGGAGAAAGGGCAGGCGUGUCGUCGAGCUAAGUGUUUUAGCGGAUGGCUUACGUUCGUGUGAAGAGUGUGGGAUACCAUUACACCUGUCCCAUUGUGUUGGCAUCAUCACCUACGGAUUGGGGGCUUUCUUGAAAGUGCCCUGUAGCAAUACCGAUUGCCAUCAUAUUAAUAAAAUAGCGACCGGAAAGAAACAUGGCAGGGUCUGGGAUGCCAACACUAAGCUAGCUACAGGAAGCAAGGAGCAGAUGCUAUCACUGCUAGUGUCGACGCAGGCUGGCAAAAGAGGCGCAGUGGUCGCUCAUAUGAUAGUCUGUCUGGUACACAAGAACAUUGGCCUAUCCCCUGGGAAAUUUACCAGACAAAGAGCAAUUCUUAUUGACAUCAGAAGAGCCAAGAGAAAAGCAUUAGCUAAUACCAGAGAGGCAAGAAAAAGAAGACUUAAUCGAAAGUUGGAAAGGGGAAACAAAUUAACCUCAGCUGAGGUUAGGGAAGGACCCACCUAUGAACCAGGUGUUGAGUUUAACGAUCUAGAAGUAGAUGAUGUGGAAGCCAUCCCUCCUCCAAAUUACCCCCCUUUAAAAUCUCCACCAUUGGGUUCUGGAAGUUAUGUGUACUUUGAUCUAGAAGCAACUGGAUUUGAGCGGAAUUCCCACAUUACUCAAAUUGCGGCUUUAGAUGAAGACAGUGAUGAAUAUCUCUGUACAUAUGUGAUUCCCCAAAAGCCCAUCAGUACACAAGCAUCCAAAGUAACGGGACUUGCAUUGAACGGUACAACUUUGCAUCACAAUGGGAAAGCAGUUAAAGCAGUAUCCAUUCAAGAAGCUCUACAAGAUCUCAUUUCCUUCCUUGGCAAUCUUCCAUCUAAGAAACCAAAGAUUCUUGUUGGACAUAACAUAAAAUCAUAUGAUUGCCCCAUUCUUAUGAAUGCUUUGAGGAACUGCAAUAUUGAUGACAGAUUUGAAGAAGAAGUUAUUGGAUUUCUGGAUACUAUGAAACUUUUUCGACUUUCUUUCCCGUCUCAGAAAUCCUACUUUCAACAACAUUUAAGCAAAGUUUUACUUGCUGAGUACUUUACUUAUGAAGCACACAAUGCCUUGGAAGACGUCAAAACUCAAAAAUUGUGAACUUGCCCUCUGUAUCUUCUAUCAACAAGCCUAGUUGUGAAUUUUCAGUAGAUUAUGUCACUAAAUAUAUUGAUUAGUAUUCAGUUGUCAAACGAAAUAUGCCUAGCCUUCAAGUGCUUGUGAACCGAAAAAUCAUAACUGCUGGAAUGGCCAGAAAAAUUGCAGGUAGUGACCUAUCUUUGAGCCACUUACAGUUAGUGCACAAAAGAAUUGGCAGAGACGGUUUGUCGGCUCUCGUCUCCGAAACUGUGGCGGGGAGAGUCAGGGUGUCAAAAUCACAGAAAGUAAUUUCAUCACUUUGUGAUUUUUUUUAGUCCAAAAUAUUUGUUUACAAUGUAAUUAGAUUUAAUUUUAUUAGUAUGAAAUCAUUGAAACCCCCCUAACAGUUUUAAGUGUUCUUUUAUGUUUAAUGGUGUCAUCUUACUCUAGAAAUUGUUACUUAAGAAACAAUAUUUUCUCGAUCUGGCUCCUUUUUGUAAAGCAAAGAAACACUUUUGUACAUUAUCUUAGAAAGCCAUGUAUGGUAUUAUUAAACAAAUUAAAUUAUUUGACUAAAUUUAAAUAAUAUACCAAAUAAAUAUGGUUUUUUAAACACUAUUGUUUAUAAUGUAAUUCUUUGUGUCAAUCAAUA